GUCAGCUGGUACAUUUCUUAGUUAAAAAGGAAACGACUGCUCAAACAUCUCUGGACUCAUUCAUAUCCACUGAACUGGGAAGUGGUAGUACAUAUCUCUGGAGGCAGCAAGAGCAGUGUAGAGAGGGUCAUCCAUUUGUAAGAGACAAUAAAUUAACAAUGGAACCCUCAAAAGAACAUGUAUUCAACCACAAAGGAUUUUAUUUUGGUGCAAAAAUAACUACACCUGAGUACGUGGAUAGCCUGGAAAACUUUGAAAUCAGAGACAGUGACAUAUUUAUAGCUACUUAUCCAAAAUCAGGAACUGUGUGGACUCAGAAUAUUUUGAGCUUAAUAUUUCAUGAAGGCCACCGUAAUGGAACAGAAAAUAUAGCGCUAAUGGACAGAAUCCCAUGGCUGGAAUACAAUAUAAAAAACAUGGAUUACUCAGCUCUUCCUUUGCCUCGUCUUUUUGCCACCCACCUGCCUUACAACUUAACUCCAAGAGACCUGAGAAACAAAAGAGCACAUGUUAUUUAUGUUACCAGGAACCCUAAAGAUGUUUUGGUUUCUUAUUUCCACUUUUCCAAAGUCGUGGCCACAAUAGAGGAAGUAUCAGAUUUUAACCUUUUCAUGGAGAGAUUUUUAGCUGGCAAAGUACUUGCCAGUUCCUGGCUGGAUCAUGUUGCAGGCUGGCACAGCCAUGCAGAGGAUUUCAAUAUACUCUUCCUUACCUAUGAAGAAAUGAAAAAGGAUCUCAGAAGUGCUGUGCUGAAGAUCUGCAACUUCCUAGGCAAGACACUGAGUGAAAACGAAUUGGAAAGCAUUGUGCGACAGGCUACAUUUGACAAUAUGAGAAAAGAUCCCAGGGCAAACUAUGACAACCUGCCAGAAGACCUCAAAGGGAAAAAGAAAGGUCAUUUUCUACGCAAAGGCACUAUUGGAGACUGGAAAAACAUGAUGACAGUAGCACAGAGUGAAAGGUUUGACAAAGUUCUGAAAGAGAAAAUGAAGAACCUGCCCAUCAAAUUCAUCUGGGAUAUUAACGAUGAAAUGUAGGCUGGUUUCCAGUUUUCAUCAUCCUUUGGUGCUUAUAGUGGAUGGACAUAUUUGAAGUUCUGGAAAAACAAAACACAUCAGUUUCCAGCUGUGUUACAGAAACAAAAACUAUGUCAGCUCAUUCACAAAACACUACUUGUCCAAGGAAAUAAUGCAGUUACAUCAGUUUCCUGUUUGCAGUUUUGCAAGCUAUUUCUGUUAACUUUCAUAGUAUACUACAGCUUCUUUCAUGCUUGCUUUUACUCUCACUGGCUUUUAAUACCACCGGGGCUGUAGAUAACCAAGUAAGGAUAGAUCUUGAUAUUGAAUAGUGCUAAAAACUUUCUGAAACAAUUCACUUUUGUGUUUCUUGAGGCUUUCUUUAGUAGAAUCUUAAAUGUCCAAACUGGAAAUCACAUGGACCAACUCUGGUAUAGUUACGCUUUCAUAUGAUUGCGUUCCUUUUCCCUUGGUGAACCACAAAUACUUAACUCUUUGCUGGUAAAGUGGCCUUCACGUUACAUUCUCUGAUGUUGCCUAUUGACCAAACUUCAUUGCACUGUCUGUUAUGGUUCUUAAGAUCAUGGCUGACAAUCUGCUACUUGAAAUUUUGAGGAAAAAAAGAAAAAAAACCAUAGCAAUAGCAAUUUUCAAGUGAAAAAGUCCUCUCCUUUGUCCUCGAUUAUCUGCCAGACCUAUUGAUGUAAAAAGCUACCACUUAUCCAGACUACUACCUUCCUCAUAUAUGCAUUGACUCACAACAAUGGCUUGUCGAUGAUGCAACACUAAGGUAGCUUCUCCUACGGGCUUCCUCUGAGAAAAUGAGAACAAAGAUGCAUGUCGAGAUUUUUUCUAUCAACAACUCAAAAUAUGUUUGCAAACAACUCCAUUCUUCACAUGUAUUUGGUCUGUGAUAUAUUCAUGUUUCUAGACAGUAACGUUUUUUAUGCUGCUUGCAGAGGGAGGUCUAAGUCCUGCAUAUAUAUAUAUAAAAAAAAAAAAAAAAAAAAAAACAAUGAUACCUGUUGAAACUACUCACAAAACAGAACUUUAUCCCUCCCCACAUACACACUGAUAAGUUUGUAAGUCCCUAGCAUUUUUGUUCUUCUACUAAUCGCCUAUCCCUUUCAGCAUAGCCUCAGUCCGGAGGGCACAGAAAAAGGCCGUUAUUUGCAACAAAAUGUUUAUUUCCCAACUCUUUUCCCAGACACCAACUACACUCGUGAGGAAAGGCAAGUUUUGAACACUCAUCCCUGCUUAUAACUAUGAGGUCUACACCACCAUACUAGGGUGGAAUGCUUUCAAUUGCUAUUGAAUCAGUGUCCUAACAACCGAGCCAGAGCAGGACAUAAUUUCUAAAUUCAAAAACAUUCCAAACCAUCGUUUUGACUUGACAAAAGCAUCUAACCUUUGUUUUCCCAUGAAAUGUUUGAAAAAUAUAAAAUUUCCUUAGAGCUCAUACCCUGGCCUAGGAUCAGCUAUUUCCUCUCAUUUUCAAUCCAGCUAUUUUAGCCUUCUGAUACAUUUUAGCUGCUUUUUGCUGGACAGAAUUACUUCCUGCACAGCAUAACGUGUCGUAAUGAUAGCUGCUUCUAUUAGACAAAGCCGACUUUGUAUAAUUAACCUGUAAGAAGAAUACUUUUAUGUCACUCAGUAGUAUAACCAGAUCAUCUUUCCUUCUGGAGACUUCACAUCUCUGAUAAAAACAAAAUAAAUUACAAUACAAACUUG